AACAAUGAUUUGAAUUUCCCAUUUGCAUCCCUGCAUAUGAACUAUUUUCUUGGUCCUUAUCAAUUCAUAUUUCAGUCUUUUUUCAAACCUAAAAUUUAUCCAAAAACUUCUAUAUCAAAAACAAAAAGGAUUCUUGCUGUACAUAUCCAUGGCUGGUGCAAUCACUGCUUCCUCCCCUAUCUACCACCACAAACUCUUCAACUUCUCCUUCACCCAUUCAUCCCUUCCCCACACCCUCAACUUCCCACACAAAACAACAACCAUAUCCUCAAAACUCCUCUUUCUAAAUCCCCAAUUAUUCAACCCUUCUUCUUCUCUCAAACUCCACCCUCUUCACCCACCUUCAUUUUCCUUCCAUCAAUUCCAACUCACCCAAGAAGAAAAUGAUCCUGAAACAGAACCUAAAACCCUGCAAAAUCCAGACCCAAAUUUCUCGCAAUCAAAGAGACUCUUCGUUGGUAACUUGCCAUUUUCACUGUCUUCUUCCAAAUUAGCUCAACUCUUUGGAGAAGCUGGAAAUGUUGUGUCUGUAGAGAUUGUGUACGAUGACAUCGCGGAUAGAAGCAGAGGAUUUGCGUUUGUUACUAUGGGGAGCGUGGAGGAUGCUGAAGAAGCAAUUCGAAUGUUCGAGGGCACCAAUGUUGGAGGUAGGGUUAUUAAGGUAAACUUUCCAGAAGUACCCAAAGUAGGCAAAGGGGUGCAAAUGAGCUCAAACUAUAGAGGUUAUGUAGACAGCCCUCAUGUGAUCUAUGCCGGAAACCUCGGUUGGGAUAUGACUUCCAAAGAUCUUAGACAAGCCUUUGCUAAGCAGCAAGGCUUACUGAGUGCCAAGGUUAUCUAUGAAAGGAGCAACGGAAAAUCUCGCGGAUAUGGGUUUGUUUCAUUCGAAACUGCUGAGGAUGUAGAGGCUGCUUUGAAUGCUAUGAACGGCGUGGAGGUUAAAGGCCGGCCUUUACGACUGAAAUUGGCUGUUGAUUACAAGAAGCCUUCAUCUCCUCUGAUAGUUGAUCAAAUUAAAGGAAGUAAUGUUGAUAGCUUGGAAAUGUUGUUUGGAAUAAGCAAAUGAGGUACCCGUUGUGGAUGAGUGUAAUUGUCAUCCUUAAUGCGAGACAAAGAAAUGGUGUGACAUCCAAAAGAAGAAAAAACACAUGGGAGUUAGUCAAAUUGCCAACACAUACAAAAGCUAUAAAAGUGAAGUGAGUGUUCAAGUUGAAGCAUAAUGCCGAUGGGUGGAUAGCAAGACAUAAGGAAAGAUUAAUAACUCGAGGAUUUCUUCAGAGAGUAGGACUUGACUACUCUGAUGUAUAUGCACCAAUAGCAAUAUUGAAGACUGUUCGAUUAGUGGUAGCCUUGGCAUGCAAACAAGGUUGACCGACAUUUCACUUAGAUGUGAAAUUAGCAUUUUUGAAUGGUCAUCUAGAUGAAGAGGUAUAUAUCACACAACCUCCUAGGGUUGUGAUACAGGAGGAAUCAAGGAAAGUACACAAGCUGCACAAAGCGUUUUAUGGCCGCAACUAGGCACCUAAGGCAUGAAACAAGAAGAUCGACUCAUACUUGGUUGAAUUGAGAUUCAUCAACUACAAAUUUGAGUAUGGUGUUUAUGUUCAGCUUGUGGCACAAGAUAUAACGAUCAUAUGCUUAUAUGUUGAUGACUUGUUAGUAACUGGAAAGAACUUGGAGAACUUGUCGAAGUUCAAAUAGCUGAUGAAAAAGGAAUUUGAAAUGUCGGAUAUGGAAAAGUUGUGGUACUUCCUAGGCAUGAAAUUUCAAAUGUCAAAGCAAGGUAUGGUGCUAUAUCAAAGAAAGUAUGUCAAAGAGAUAUUUAAUAAUUUCAGGAUGGAAGACUCGAAUGCUGCAUCCUCAUCCGUCGAACCAAAUUUGAAGCUGGAGAAGCAUGGAGAGGGAGACAAAGUCGAUGUCACUUUGUUCAAACAAAUUGUCGGGUCUAUGAGAUACAUGUGCAACAGUCGACUUGAUAUAGGUUUCUUAAUCGGAUUAGUGACCAAAUACAUGAGUGAACUAAGGGUAUCACAAAUGAAGGUUGCAAGAAGAAUCUUGAGAUACUUAAAAGGAUCGAAAGCCAUGAAAUUCUAUUUUUACGAGAUUUUGAAAGCAAAGAAGUUGAGAUUACUUGCUAUUCAGAUGUUGAUUGGUGUGGAGAUAAGGAAGUUAAAAGAAGCAAAAUUGGUUAUUUAUUUCAAGUAUUUGGUGCCCCGAUCUUAUGGUGCUCGAGAAAAUAACCAGUGGUAACAUUAUCAUCAUGUGUCGAUGAAUAUAUAAUAGGAUCCUUUGCUGCGUGUCAAGUCAUUUGGAUCAAAUCUAUGUUGGAAAAGAUGAAGGUCGAAGUGGAGAAACAUCUGGUACUGCAGAUCGACAACAAGUCUACCAUUAAUCUCGCAAAGAAUCCAGCUCUGCAUGGAAGGAGUAAGCACAACGAGGCUAGGUUUCAUUUCCUAAGGGAGGAGAUAAACCAGGGUGAACUUGAAGUGAGACAUUGCUCGAGUGAAGUAGAGUUGACCGGCAUUUUCACCAAAGGAUUGAAGAUCGACAGAUUCCUAACUUUGAAAAAGAAAUUAGGAAUAAUUCAGAUCGUUUAUGAUUAGCUAGUGAUUAGUAAUUUGGAUUAUAAGGGGGUAUAUUAAGAGUGUAAUCCAUGUUGUGUAGUCCAAGACCAAGUUAGGGUUAGGGUUUGUUAUGUUAGUUACUUAGUACUCAAGCUAGUUAAUUGUAUAUAAAUAGAUACUUUGUAAUUUAGUUUUACAACAUUAAAUAAUAACAAUUCUUAUUCUUCA